GACAGCCGGGCUCGCGAAACCUUGUUCGGUAGCUUAAAUACGUUCAUACCAAAGGCUACAAAGGAUAAACAUUAUUCACAGCGAAAGCGUACGUUAAGAUUUACUUAAAUUCGACGCGGUAUCCGUAACUACGAGUGCGCGUGACUAAAGGCCAAGGUGAAAAAUCAUUAUUGUACAUAUUGAAAGGUUAAAUAGCUUCAUACCAGGAGCUCUACAGUAUACAAAGUUUGCAAGGAUAUAUACACUUCAAGUUGAGUGUGGGAUUAGAUAUAUGGUUUAAAUUUCUCGCCAUUUGAGUUUGCGCAAAUAAACUGAAGGAGAAAUAGCGGCUUUGAAUUUCUAUUAUAAGCGUCCUAGAUUUCAAGCCAAGUCAUUGAAGAUGAAUGAACUAGCAAGACUGCUGAUCUUAUUCUAUUGCACAAUCUACACUUCAGUGAGAGCACACAGUGAAAAAUGUGGAUCGAUUCAUGGGCACCGCGUAAGAAGACAUGACCAUGAAGUAUUUCCGAGCCGACCACCAACAGGAAAUAAAUAUGGCUUUGCAUUAGAGUUUGAAACCGGACAAGUUAUCCAGUACCCGAAACAAAGAAACCCUUCCAAAAUAUUCUCUGUCGAUUUUUGGAUGAGACCGGAGGGUGGCCAACAAAAUCCUGCCGUUGUGUUGCACGCGUAUGAUAAGUGCGCGCCGGAUAACGAAGCUCGUGGAUGGUUCAUCGGUUUGCGUGAAGCCACUCUUGGAAGUGAUCUUCGAAUAAGUUUCACCGUCCAUUCCGCAAGCGCGCAAAGAAAACAAACAAUAAUGUCACAUCAGAAAAUCGAGCCGAGGCGCUGGUAUCACGUAGCCGCAACCUAUGAUGGUAUUCAAAUGAAAUUAUACGUUAAUCAAGCUAAAGUCGCUGUCGGCUAUGAACAGAAAGGAAUAAUCUUUGAUAGCACAACACAGAAUCAUGCAUGUGACCAUCUUGAAGUCGGCGGAGAUGUAAAACGAGGUCUGUUCUAUCGCGGACAGAUCGAUAAACUGCGUUUAUGGAGUGAAGCAAUUCCGCACCGUGCAUUGACUCAAACCCUUCCCGAGAACACUAUUGACAAUGAAAUGGAAAAAAUUGCGAUGUACGAUGAUUAUAAUGAUAUAAACAUUAAAAACGCUAAGUUUGUACCGGUCACUGAUCAGUUUCCACGAUUUGUCCGUUCCACAGUGCCAGAAGACAAACACGACGUGUCCAUCAGAAAACCUCCAUGUGGAAAAACAAUUUGUGAUAACCCAGAGGUUGUCAAGAGUUACCUUAAACACCCUGAUAGCCGAGGUACUAAACACCUUAACAUUCGAUUUAUAAAUGUCAUGGAUGACGAUGGGGGAAGACCCACACUCACGGACUCCGAGAUCAAUUCUCAGUUUGAACUUUUACAGCGGACGUUUUCGAGGUACAAUAUCACAUGGCAAAAGACAGUGAAAUCGAUAAGAAAUUCAUCAUUGAGGAGUAAAACUAUUUUGCACAAUGCACAUGGAAUGUCGUUUUUGUCAAUUGGCGAUGGCAAUUGUCAUGAUUCAUUCAACCUGGAAAUCACGGGUUGGGAUGGCGGGGACUGCAAAAGGACAGAGUGUCCACCCGAGAAAAAAGGAAAUGGCGUUUGCGACCCAGAAUGCAACAGUGCUAGUUACAAAUAUGACUGGGGAGAGUGUUGCACGAGCCGACUGUCAACGUUGUGCAUCGAUCCAGAAUCGCCAAACUGUAGAUAUGUUAGCGCUAAUGAUUACAGAAAAUAUAUCAGUAUUUCCAACCAAGAUGCACUGAAUGUGUAUGUCGUGAACUGGACUGACGAGAAUCUGUUAGGGCUGUCAACUUUUCCAUGGGAAAAGGAGGUUCAUACAGAGUUAGGUGGUAUUGUUGUGCCACCAAAAAACUUUGCCACCACUAAGGCUCUCAUUCAUGAGAUUGGACAUAUCCUUGGCCUUUGGCAUGUUCAUUAUGGAAGUGUAUCAGGUGACAUGUCCUGCACAGAUGAUUGUUUUGAAUCCUUUUCAUCAAUGGAACUUGGUGAUCUGUGUUCUGACACAAAUCCAACAAUUAAACACACUGGUACCACAUGUGGUGAUCCAGUUGUUACCCUAGAACAAAGCUGUGGCCUACCACAAUACACCAACACACCUUACGAUAACUACAUGAGUUAUGCUGACGACUCAUGUACAAAUCAUUUUACCCAACAACAAGUUGCAAGAAUGCACUGCUAUAUUGAUUUGGACUAUCAGUCAUGGCAAAUGAAUGCUAAACCUUCAUUUGUUCCAUUGCCACCACAAAUUAUCGAAGCUGAUGAUAACAGGAUUAAACUAUCAUGGUUGCCACCCUUUGGACCUGGAGGUGAUAAUGCCAUAAACUUGUGUAAUGAAUGUGAGGACCAGCAAAUGCUGGAACAAUAUGCAGCAACAGCCUUCUCACCAACAUCGAACAUCCAACGUCGUGAUUCAAAUGAACCAUAUCAAGCUACUGGUCCACCUGAUGGUGGUCACUGCAACCCAUCCAAGAAAGCAUGGCAACCACCUGAGGACCUGUAUAUUCGUAAUCCAAACAUACAAUUAUACUUACAAGUAGGCUUUAAACAAGCUGUUGUGCCAAAGGAGAUUACAAUUUGGGUAUCUUAUACUGAUCCCACACGGAAUGCAUUUUCAGACAUUGUAUUGGUUUAUACAGAUGGUUCAACCCAAUCUGUAGGCAAUGGCACUGCACAGUGUGAUACCCCAUUCACUAAAAAGCUCUAUGUGGAGAAAAAGGUUGCUAGUGUAAAGAUCUAUGUGUCACAUUUCUCAGUUUGUAUUGAUGCAGUGAAAUUAACAUCAGGAAUUGGUCAUCCUAACUGCUCCAAUUGCAAAUCUUUGCGUUAUGUUGUAAGACGAGAACCACCGUUUGAUACUGGUCAUGAAAUAACAGUGCCAAAUGCCCGUUUUGAAGAUAACAAUGUGGAUACCAGUGGCCGCUACGAGUACAAAGUGCAAGCAAUCACAUACGAAGGUGUAGCAGGACCAUUUUCCCCGCCAUUGAUUUAUGAAGCAAUACGAGGUUUUUGUGGGGAUGGAAAAAUUGAUGAAGGGGAAAACUGUGACGAUGGUAAUGUUCGUGAUGGUGAUGGUUGCAACAUCCAGUGCCAGAUGGAGGAUGUGUUCCAUUGUAAUGAUCGGCCCAGUCUCUGCUACCGACACGAUGGUGACGGAGUCUGUGAAACAUUCGAAAAAAGAACAAGUAUUAAAGACUGUGGCUUUUAUACUCCAGAAGGAUUUAAAGACCAAUGGGUAUCCCGCGCUACCGCUAAUCCUAAAUAUAACUAUUCCUGUACCACGGAAGGUAUCGUUGGCGCUCCUAGACGUGAUUUGAACUGUGAAUCUUAUAAUUAUAAAGUCCAUGAUACUUGUGGCGACGGCUGGACACCAUCAAACAAACAAGAAGAUAUUACACCUUAUGGUUCAAGUUUCGCGAAACAAAACCUUUGGAUUAACGUUUACUUUAAAAAUCCGACGAUAACAGCUGCUCUCGUGGUCUACCUUGCUUCGAUCAUACCGUCCAACUUGGACUUCACUCUCCCUCGAAUCGAAUUCGAAUUACACGGGAGAAUGCCAAGUGAGAAAACGACCUUGAAGCACAAAUUAUCUAAAGUUUGCAAGGAAAACCCAAUCAUCAUUCCGAUAUACCACGAUAUGACCAAACCAUUCUUCAAAACUCAUUAUGUCAAGAUAAUUUUUGAUACAGAUGUGAAGAUUGCCGCUGUGGCGUUGCGAUCUCCGAAAAACUUUGAUCCUGUGGGGCUACAGCAUUGCACAGGUUCGCAACUAUUUCACCCCAGAACCCAGAAAUGCCAGGAUUAUGAAUGUAAUAUGCCACAAUGCCCAAGGUUUAUAUUGAAACACUCGAGAGAAAUAAAAAGUUGUGUGAAAGGAAGUCUGGAAGGGACAACAUGCAGGGUAGCAUGUAAUAAAGGAUACGAACCAAUCACACCAUUUGAUGUCAUGUGCUCUGGCGGGGAAUGGCUUGUCGAUAACGAGACACCACAGUGCACACCGGUAAAUUGUGGUGAGCCAAAAAUACAGAAUGCUGAUAUACAUUGUCCUGAUGGACACACAUUCGGGAAGAAGUGCAUCUACAGAUGCAAGCAGGGAACCAAACCAACUGAUCCCGGGACAGAACUUUCAGUGACAUGUGAAGCUGAUGGUUUAUGGUCAGCCAUCACAACUUUCUGUCAUAAGACCUGUCGCCCUCCACCAAUCCCACGAUAUUCAAGGCUACUUGCCUCGAGUAAGAACUGUAAUAAAGGUAAACCUUUUGCCCCCGGCGAAUCGUGCAAAUAUCGCUGUAAGUCGGGGUAUAGGCCUUCGGGACACUUUCAGAAAGAGAUGUAUAGGAAUGGUGAUUUUGUUCAAAGAUGUUUAAAAGGUGGCACAUGGACAAAAAAGCGAUGUAUUCCAGUACGAUGCCCUAUUCAUGACUCCAAGAUUUCCAGAUGGUAUAACUGCACACAGGGCAAUAAAUUUGGCAGUGUAUGCAGGCUUCCCUGUCCUGGUGAAAAGGCUCGCGAGGUACAAUGCGGAGCGGACGGCAAAUGGGAUAAGCCAUUUCAAUUCUGUUCCACCAAGGGAACGUGUCCCGCUCCAGAAAAUCCUAAUACGGAAUUAACCGUGAUCUCAUGUGGUGAAAAUCGUACACCUGGAGAUGAGUGUCAAAUCACGUGCGGUGAAGGAUUAAGACCUAUUGUUGAAGGAGACGGUUUGAGCCAAGAGCGCAACUCGAUUACGUGUUCCCCGUACCUACAAUGGUAUCCAGUUUUAAGUGAGAUCAGAUGUGUCGUGAGAUGUAUGCAAUCCGUAGGAGACAAUUAUUGCGAUGAAGAGAACAAUAAUGAAGAUUGUAACUAUGAUGGCGGUGAUUGUUGCAAUCCUGAUGUGUGUCUUAACGGUUGUGACUGCCGUGAUGUCACGUCACCUCAUUAUGGAAGCGGAGAUGAUCGUUCUUCCAGCUAACUUUUUCUAAUAGCUUGAAAGCAAACUCAAGGGUUAAAUGCAUUCCUACCCCUGGUACGUUUACACGAUGCGACCUGUUAUGCCGGAUUUCUGGUGAAUGUUUAUAACUACAUAACGGCUACUCGCGUGGCAAAUGCUUUUGACGUACAACAUUCAACAAAACCUAAAUUCGCAUAAAAUUCGCAGCGUGUAUACGUUUGUUCGACGUCAGAAAAAAUAACAUUGCAACAGGAAAGUUCGUAAUAUGAAAAAUGGAUGAAAAUGUAUUUUUAUAUUGUCUCUGACUGACUGUAGAAUAUCAAUUGACAAUUCAUUGAUAAUUGUAUUCUUGCACUGUCUCUGCUAAAGGCUCUUUUGCUUGGCUUCAAGCUAAUUUUAACUGUUAGUUAUUAAUUUAAUGGAAAACUGACGGGCGGUGGUAAGACCUGGUAUUCAUACUAUCAGAAUAAGGGCGUCACUGUGGCAUAAUAUUACACAUACAUUUCAUAAUAUAUAACAUGGGAAGAACAAUUUCAUAUUUGUGAUAAAAUGUAUUCGAACACAUUCAUAUUGCAUUUGUAUUGGUAAUUAAUUAAAUUAAUAUUGUAUACUCAGCCAUAUCCAUUUUGUAAAUCAUAUCGAAUUAGAUAUAUAAGUAGUUUCUCCCUUCCUACAAUUUGUUUAUGGAGUAAACACACUAAGAAAUGAACAAAAAGUCGCACAAAAAACAAGUAAACAUGGAAACAAACAAAAUUAAAAACAAUGGCGAAAAGGAGAACAAACAAACAGUAAAGACAAUAAACAAUUAAGCAAAAAGAGUAAACAAUCCAAUUAAGAGUCAACAAAAGCAAAAAAGUUACAAUGCGGUAAAAAAAACCAUGUAGAGUCCACUCUGAUCAUGGUAGCGUCGUUUGCCAUAUGCAAAAAGGCUUAUUUUUACGUUGACAAAACGUGAUACACAUGUGUAGAGUCGUCAUACAGAAUAAUAAAACUGAAAAGAAUAUAUUUAGAAUACAUUUAAUGCAUUAAA